AUGGCAAUUUUAACCAGUGACUCGGAGGUACGCGCGUGCGGCACUCGCGUACGAUUCGUUCUGUGUGAGAAUCACUCCGCUACCUCUUCCGCCUCCGCGCCCGCUUCGCCUCCUCCGCGCCCCGGCUUGACCCCGUAUAAAGACAAGCCCUCGCGAACUCGCACGCAGUCACGACCCAACCAUCAUCUCAUACAUUCAGGCGACUUUCACGCGAUUAUCAGUAUCAGUUACAGUAGCGUUUGUGUUGCGGACACAGGUUGCCAUGUCGAGUCAAGAUUGGGGCUAUUCUGUUGA